AUGAGAAAGGGACCGAAAGCAACGGGGACUAGUAUUGUAAUUUUGUAUCGAUGGAGAGAAGUUUCAAAUCUGGAAGCUGAAGAUAAAUCGCGAAGGGGAGGAGAGAGGUUCUUCGUGUCGAAGCUUAGAGAAGCAGAGCUCUUGUUUCCCCAGUUUACUCCUUAUCCGACGAAGAUGGUCUCCACGAGCAAGAUCAAAUCCGUCGAUUUCUACAGGAAAAUCCCGAGGGAUUUGACAGAAGCGACUCUGUCUGGUGCUGGAUUGUCCAUCGUAGCAGCCAUCGCUAUGCUAUUUUUAUUUGGAAUGGAAUUGAAUAAUUAUCUGGCUGUCAGCACUUCCACAUCCAUCAUUGUUGACAGGAGCUCUGAUGGAGACUUCUUACGCAUAGAUUUUAACUUAAGCUUCCCGUCACUUUCGUGUGAAUUCGCAUCUGUGGAUGUCAGUGACGUAUUAGGAACUAACAGGCUAAAUGUAACAAAGACAAUUCGAAAGUUUUCUAUUGAUUCGAAUUUGAGAGCCACUGGUUCUGAGUUUCACUCCGGGGCAAUGUCAGCGCUCCUUAAUCAUGGAGAUGAAGCUGGUGAAGAAUUAGUUGAAGAUUCUGUAUCACUUACUGGCCGCAACUUCGAUACAUUUUCACAUCAAUUUCCAAUCUUGGUUGUUAAUUUCUAUGCUCCGUGGUGCUAUUGGUGUAAUCUCCUGAAACCAUCAUGGGAGAAAGCAGCAAAACAAAUAAAAGAGAGAUAUGAUCCAGAGAUGGACGGACGUGUUAUUUUGGCAAAAGUUGACUGCACCCAAGAAGGUGAUCUCUGUCGGAGGAAUCACAUACAAGGGUAUCCAUCCAUUCGCAUUUUCCGCAAAGGCAGUGAUCUCAAAGACGACAAUGCUCAUGAGCAUGAAUCCUACUAUGGAGAUCGUGAUACAGAGAGCUUAGUGAAGAUGGUGGUAGGUGUGGUUGAAACAGUCCAUCUAGAGCCCCAAAAACUAGCAUUGGAGGACAAAUCAGACAAUGCAACGAAAACUUUAAAAAAGGCACCUUCUACAGGUGGAUGUCGAAUUGAAGGAUACAUGCGUGUAAAGAAGGUUCCAGGCAACCUAAUGGUUUCAGCUAGCUCGGGAUCUCAUUCAUUUGAUUCUUCUCAGAUGAAUAUGUCCCAUGUUGUUAACCAUCUUUCAUUUGGGAGGAGGAUUUUGCCUCAGACAUUUGCAGAUUUAAAACGGUUAUCACCGUAUCUCGGUCGAAACCACGACCGUUUGGACGGCCGUCCCUUCAUAAACCAACGUGAUCUCGGCCCUAAUGUUACCAUCGAGCAUUAUCUUCAAGUAGUAAAGACAGAGGUAGUAAAAAGCAAUGGACAGGCAUUGAUUGAGGAGUACGAGUACACAGCGCAUAGCAGCGUUGCUCAUAGUUACUAUUUACCAGUCGCCAAGUUCCACUUCGAGCUCUCACCGAUGCAGGUUCUCAUAACUGAAAACUCCAAAUCCUUUUCUCACUUCAUCACCAACGUAUGCGCCAUUAUCGGUGGUGUCUUCACGGUUGCUGGAAUCUUGGAUUCUAUUCUCCACCAGACGAUGACAUUGAUGAAAAAGAUUGAACUUGGUAAAAACUUUUGA